GGCGGGGGGAGCGGCAUGCUGACCCCUCUCUUCUCUUCCCUCUGGUUGCAGAAGGAGCUGAGCCUGCCCCGCCGAGGAAGCAUCUGCCGGAGCAAUAACCGGAAAAGCCUGGUGGUGGGAACGCCGUCUCCAACCCUCUCCCGCCCUCUCUCCCCGCUCUCUGUGCCGACAGCCGGGAGCAGCCCUUUGGAUAGCCCACGAAACUUCUCAACCAGCACAUCUGUCAACUUUCCCUUUGCUCGCAGGGCUGAUGGCAGAAGGUGGUCACUGGCUUCGCUACCCUUGCCUGGCUAUGGGACUAACACCCCCAGUUCCACUGUCUCGUCAUCUUCAUCCUCCCAGGAGCGUCUGCACCAGCUACCGUACCAGCCCACCCCUGAUGAGCUGCAUUUCCUAUCGAAGCAUUUCCGCAGCACGGAGAGCGUCACAGACGAGGACGGGCGCCGUUCGCCCUGCCUGCGGCCACGAUCCAGGAGCCUAAGCCCUGGACGGACAAGUGGAGCUUUUGAUAAUGAGAUCGUUAUGAUGAAUCACGUCUACAAGGAACGGUUCCCGAAGGCCACAGCGCAGAUGGAGGAGCGCCUGCAGGGCACCAUCACCAGCUACUCCUCGAGCAGCACGCUGCCCCUUGCCGACGGCGUGCUGGGCUUCAUCCACCACCAGAUCAUCGAGCUGGCCCGAGACUGCCUGGCCAAGUCCCAGCAGGCGCUCAUCACUUCGCGCUACUUCAUGGAGCUGCAAGAGAAGCUGGAGAAGAUGCUCCAUGAUGCCCAGGAGCGUUCGGAGAGCGAGGAAGUGAGGUUCAUUGACCAGCUGGUUAGGAAGCUGCUGCUGAUAAUAUCCCGCCCUGCCCGCCUUCUGGAGUGCUUGGAGUUUGAUCCUGAGGAAUUCUAUCAUCUUCUGGAAGCCGUGGAAGGACAUGCUAAAGUAGGCCAAGGAAUAAAAACGGAUAUCCCGCGGUACAUCAUCAGCCAGCUGGGGCUUGCCAAGGACCCUCUGGAGGAAAUGGUUCAGCUGGAUCAUUUGGAUAGUGGGCCCACCGUGACCUCCGAGAAUGACAGCUCCCAUGAGAGCCGGGCCUCGGCUGCCACCUCUCGGCGGAAACCCUGUGAGAGCGACUUUGAGACCAUCAAACUGAUCAGCAAUGGGGCCUAUGGGGCGGUGUAUCUGGUGAGGCACCGGGAGACCAGGCAGCGCUUUGCUAUAAAGAAAAUUAACAAGCAAAACCUCAUUCUGCGGAACCAGAUCCAGCAGGUGUUCGUGGAGAGAGACAUCCUCACCUUCGCCGAGAACCCCUUCGUGGUCAGCAUGUUCUGCUCCUUUGAAACCAGAAGGCACCUGUGCAUGGUGAUGGAGUACGUGGAAGGUGGGGACUGUGCCACGUUACUGAAGAACAUGGGCCCCUUGCCGGUUGACAUGGCCCGGAUGUACUUUGCAGAGACUGUGCUGGCUCUGGAAUAUCUCCACAACUACGGGAUUGUGCACCGGGACCUGAAGCCUGACAACUUGUUAAUCACUUCCAUGGGCCACAUCAAGCUGACAGACUUUGGCCUGUCCAAGAUUGGGCUGAUGAACAUGACCACGAACUUGUAUGAGGGGCAUAUCGAGAAGGACACUCGGGAGUUCAUGGACAAGCAGGUGUGCGGCACGCCCGAGUACAUCGCGCCCGAGGUGAUCUUAAUCCAAGGCUACGGGAAGCCCGUUGAUUGGUGGGCCAUGGGCAUCAUCCUGUACGAGUUCCUCGUGGGCUGCGUCCCCUUCUUCGGAGACACCCCAGAAGAGCUCUUUGGACAGGUGAUUAGCGAUGAAAUAAUGUGGCCGGAAGGUGAUGAAGCUCUUCCUGCCGAUGCUCAGGAUUUGAUCACGAGGUUGCUGAGGCACUGCCCGCUGGAACGCUUAGGCACCGGUGGUGCCCAUGAGGUGAAGCAGCACUCCUUCUUCUACAACCUGGACUGGAACGGGCUGCUGCGGCAGAAGGCUGAAUUCAUUCCACAGCUGGAAGCCGAGGACGACACCAGUUACUUUGACACUCGCUCCGAAAGGUACCGCCACCUGGGCUCCGAGGAUGAGGAAACGAAUGAUGAGGAAUCCUCCGUGGAAAUUGGCCAGUUCUCCUCCUGCUCUCACCGCUUCAGCAAGGUUUAUAGCAGCUCUGAGUACCUGGCAGCUCACUCCAACCUGAGCUUGUCGUCGUCCGAGCGGAGCCAGAGCGAGGACAAAGAGGAGAGGACGGAGCGGUCGGACAGGAGCUCCGGGGACGAAGAGAAGAGCCGGCUCUUGGGCACAGAGACCAGGCUCCGGUCAUGGACGUCCUGCGGGUCGACCGCCUACUCCUCCCGGCACGAGCGAAGCUGCAGCCCUGCCGCCCUCACCAGCACCUACAGCCUGGAGACCAUGCCCAAGUUCGCUUUCUCCUCCGAAGAUGAGAGCCCCUGCCCGGGCUCUGUAAAGGCUGAGAGGCCGGUGUUUGUGCUGGGGGACCCUGAAGCAGGGACAGGAGGAGCAGCAAAGCCCUCGGCGUUGUCGGCUGAAAUUGCCAGUCUGAACCGCAUCCGCCUGCGGAGCAACAGCACCGGCACCAAAAACUCCACCCCAAGAGCCCUGGAGCCCGGGCUGGGCCGCAGGCUGGGGAGUCCGAAGAACACCCCGGAGAAGCAGAGAGUGUCUCCAGGAGGCCGAGUACCCAAGUCUGCUUCUGUCUCCGCUCUGUCCCUGAUCAUCACCACAGAUGACUGCGGCAGUGGAGGCCUCAUGAGCCCCAUCUCUCCGCGCUCCCUCUCUUCCAACCCAUCCUCACGGGACUCGUCCCCAAGCCGGGAUUCCCCCCUCAGCAUCACCAGCCUGCGUCCGCCCAUCAUCAUCCACAGCUCGGGGAAGAAAUACGGCUUCACCCUCCGCGCCAUCCGCGUGUACAUGGGGGACAGCGACGUGUACACGGUGCAUCACAUGGUGUGGAGCGUGGAGGAUGGGAGCCCUGCCCAGGAAGCGGGGCUGAGAGCUGGGGAUCUCAUCACACAUGUGAAUGGAGAGUCUGUGCUGGGCUUAGUUCACAUGGAUGUGGUGGAGCUGCUGCUGAAGAGCGGCAACAAGGUAGCGCUGCGAACCACCGCCCUGGAGAACACGUCCAUCAAAAUUGGUCCGGCUCGGAAGAACAGUUCCAAGACCAGGAUGGCCAGGAGGAGUAAGAAAAGUAGAAAAAAGGACAGUCAGGACCGGAGAAAGUGCCUUUUCAAAAAGAUCUCCAAGCAAACAACUGUCCUGCACACCAGCCGGAGCUUCUCUUCUGGCCUCCAUCACUCCCUGUCGUCAAGCGAGAGCCUUCCAGGAUCUCCCACGCACAGUCUGUCACCGGGACCUACAACACCCUGCCGCAGCCCUGCUCCAGACCUCCCACUAGAUUCGGUCUCCCCACAGAGCACCUCCCCGUCCUCGAGCACCCCCACCUCCCCUGCAGGACACAUCCGGCCGAGCUCUCUCCAUGGGCUAGUGCCAAAGCUGAGUGGUCAGCGUUACAAGGUGGGGCGCCGCAAGUCCACCAGCAGCAUACCCCCAUCUCCCCUUGCAUGUACGCCUUCCUCAGUCCCACAGCCGCCUUCUCCCCAGAGGUCCCCAUCGCCACUACCAAGCUACACCAAAAGCGUUCAUUCCUUUCAGGGCAAGACUCUGUCCCCCCCGACCAUUGUCAGGCAAGUGUCUCGGCCCAGGAGUGCCGAAGGCCCCAGGUCUCCUCUGCUAAAACGAGUGCAGUCGGCAGAGAAAAUUGCUACCUACUUAGCAGAAAAGAAAACCAUCAGCAACCGGAAGCUCACUCUGGACAUGCCUCCAGGAGAUGGGAUGGGGGAGGCUCUGGGAGAGCGGGAGACUCUUAUCCAGGCAGGGGAGCUCUGUGCUGGGGCUUACCCGGGGACCCCCCGAAUGAGAGACUGGACGGGGGACAGGCACGACCGUGACCAGGAGGUCGUUGUCAUGAGGAGGCUGAACCUGUCGGAGCGCAGGGACUCCUUUAAAAAGCAAGAAGCUGUCCAAGAAGUGAGUUUUGAUGAGCCAGAGCUGGUGCCUGUGAGUGAAGAUGGCACAAAAGUAGAGGCCAAGCCAGACAGGGAACAUGCGCUGUGGAGACGCGCCCCUCAUGCAGCUUCCUGGGUGGAGACCAAACCAAGGUCAGCGUCUUGUAGCUCUACUCCAGAGCCCCCAAACCCAGAACAGAUGCCGACGGUGGUGCCCCAGAUAGCAGUUCAAGGGUCAGAGAGCGAUGAGCAGGAGACGCACGCUGCCGAGUGGGAAUGCCAAGGGUCCUAUCCUAUCCAGGUGAUGGCCAGGGUUUAUACUGAACAAACGGAUGGAACUACAGCAGUGGAAUACAAGAGCGUCUCCUGCCAGUGGAAAGAGAACAGAGAGCAGAAAGAGCUUCUCGCUGGGCAAGAACCCUCACCAGCUUCUGGAUCCCCGCAUAGGACAUGUAGUAAGGACCUGGCGGGCCCACCUCCGAAGCUGGAGUUGUGGGGGAGCUUGGGAAUGGAAGAGCACGAGUGCACCGAAGCUGAGGUGCCCAGAGCGCACCAACAAAAGACGCGCAGUCAAGCCCCUACAAAAGUCAAGGAUGAGUGAGUCGCACGUUGAGCAAAAGGCACUGGCUAAAGGUGAACAGGCAACCAAGUGACAGGGCUUCAACGCUGCCCGCAUUCCCGAAGCGAUCAGCUUCCAGAAAAAGCACAUCUGUGCUGGAGACCGGCACCCCCCCUAGCUGCUGAGAUACGCUCUUCAAAUUACACACCUGCGUUUUGUGAGAGUCAAUGCCUCGGAAACGUUUUUAACGCCAGACCUGUCAGUGGGGUGGGGAAUAAUUCGACACAUUUACUUACAAAAGGUUUUUGUAUUAACUGGGAAGAUGUUCAUAUUUUUGUAGAGCUAAGGACGCUGUUUUGUUCUGAUGGUGUUUCCUCAGCAGGACCUAAAGCAUUGUAAAUAGAAAGGACAAGACAUGAAUCCUUACCACUAAUUUAUUACUUUUAUAAGCUAAGAGGAGGCAUCUAAGGUGAUCUAAACUGACUUGUGCUAGGGGAAGCAUUACUGCUGUUUUGUGAGUGUUUAUAAUCCCACCUCUGAAAUGCAUUGUAUGUGUUCUGUCAUUUCUAAGAAGCACUAGUUUUUCCCCCUUUUGUUAAUGUCAGUUUCAGGUGGCAGGGCACGAAGAAAACCAACCAGAGGCAAGCUUUAAAAUACUAUUUUUGGUAGGGAUAUGCACAGCGGGGCAUGUCCCAGUGCUUUGAUCUUCAUACAGGUGUCUUAUUCUUCACAGAAGAGCUGGUCUUCAUUGGAGGAAAAAGCGUAACUUUGUAAUGAUGGGAUUCCUGUUCCGGAACAGACCAGUGGUUCAUCUAAUCUAGUACCCUACUUGCUGAUGCCAGAUGUCCCCAAGUUAGGCAUAAAUUUCCCUCUCCCCAGUGUGUGUGUGGGAGGGGGGGAAUAAUUUUUGCUUUGGUGUUUUAUGACAAUACCCGUGUGAUUGAUGCCCAGCGGGAAUGUAGGAAUCCAGUAUUACAAAUCCCAGACAAACCUUGUUGAGCAGUUUCCAUACCCUGGCCAUGUGCUGUCACUGGCAAUGAACCUAUGGCCCCCAGAACGUUGUGUAUACGUCUCAGACAACAGCA